CUAGAAACAUUGGAAAUCCAAAAAUCCACCCUAACCUACAAAGGUGUUGAGGACUCAAAAAAUUCAAAUUUGAUGCUGGUUUAAAAUUAAAAAAAGAAAUAGAAAUUGCUCAAGGAAAAUGUUCUUUCAUAUAUCAUUGGAGCAUGAAAUACUCCUGCAUCCUCAAUAUUUUGGACCCCAGUUAUUGGAAAUGGUAAAAACUAGACUUUACACUGAAGUGGAAGGAACUUGUACAGGAAAAUAUGGUUUUGUUAUAGCAGUAACAACAAUAGAUAGCAUUGGAGCAGGUCUUAUUCUUCCUGGAAAAGGUUUUGUUGUGUAUCCUGUUAAAUAUAAAGCUAUCGUCUUUAGGCCGUUUAAAGGGGAAGUUUUAGAUGCUGUUGUUCGACAAGUCAACAAAGUUGGAAUGUUUGCUGAAAUCGGGCCCUUGUCUUGUUUCAUAUCCCAUCAUUCCAUACCUGCCGAAAUGGAGUUCUGUCCUAAUAUGAAUCCACCAUGUUACAAAACGAAGGAUGAAGAUAUUGUUAUUGCAGCUGAAGGUGAAAUUCGACUGAAAAUUGUAGGAACUAGGGUGGAUGCAUCUGGUAUUUUUGCGAUAGGAACACUUAUGGAUGACUACCUAGGAUUAGUGACAAAUUGAUUGUUUUAGUUUAAUAAUACCUUUUUACAUUGUGAAUCAGAAUGAAUUAAGUAAAUUAUUAUUUUUUUUACUUUU